GCUGUACCAACCCGGUUAGCAGGCCAGGGUUGGGCAUCAUCGGAUUUAAACUCCUAGGGUUUAUCAAUUUUCAAUUUUUCUUCAUAGCCCACGCUGCUCUGCUGCGCCAUAGCUCCAUCACUUGCUCCCCCAAAUCUUCUUUCAAGCUCUUCGUUUUUCAAGAAUGUCUGAAGAAGAGCAACAACCCGAAGAGAUAAAAGAUAAAGCUAAAUUGAGCUCUGAAAAACGAAAAAAUAAGCAAAAGAAACGAUUUUUACAAGAAGUCGAGAAAGCUGAGAAGCGUGGAGUGUGUUAUUUGAGUCACAUUCCUCCUAAAAUGGAUCAUGUUAAGCUCAGGCAGCUUCUUUCUCAGUAUGGGGAGAUACAAAGAAUUUAUCUCACCCCUGAAAAUCCUGAUGCUCGAUUGAAUCGUAAAAAGGCUGGUGGAUUUCGAGGACAGAAGUUCUCAGAAGGGUGGGUUGAAUUUACAGACAAACGGGUCGCCAAGGAUGUGGCUGAGACGUUGAAUGGUGAACAAAUGGGUGGGAGAAAGAGGUCACCAUUUUAUUAUGACACUUGGAACAUCAAAUAUCUAAGUAAAUUCAAAUGGGAUGAUCUCACGGAAGAGAUUGCAUACAAAAGUGCCACUCGAGAACAAAAAUUAGCAUUGAACAUGUCGGCUGCCAAGCGUGAGAGGGACUUUUACCUUUCUAAAGUGGAUCAAUCUCAUGCUCAAAAACAUAUAGCGGAACGAUUGCAAAAGAAGCAAAAGGUUAACCCAGAGCAGGAAGAACCAUCUCAGGUACCAUAUAACCAGGUCAUUCGGCAAUACCCGCAAACACAACCACUUGCUGAUAAAUCCGGCAAGAAGAAACAACUACUAUCGAAGGAUGUGCUGGCUGGAGUAUUCGGUCUAGGUGCAACUUGAACAAACAAAUACCUCUCCUGGGACACUGGUGGGACUAAGCUAGAGUGAGCCAGGACAAGAUUUUUGAUAGUUGAAUCAUGUACAAUUAAGUUUUGUACUAUUCAGAAUGAUUAAUUCCAUAAUAUAUGGCCAAGAAUGCAUUUUCUGAGUCUAAACUAUAUCCUAGAAGAUUAAGGUUUUCUAUGUUACCAUGUUUCUUUUUUAA